AAUGGCCUAUUGCGUUUGUUUAAUGUUGUUAUCUUCGCAGGAGUUAUACUGGCAAUUACCCCUGCCUUUGUCAUAGGAGACGAAAACUUUCCCGUCCCAGAAAACUUGGCGGGAGAUGUUUUCUGCCACAUUCUUAGUUCCCAGUACUUCGUCUUCACCUUCGGUAAGAUCUCUGUUGCCAUAGUGAUGCUGUUAGCAAUAGACCGCUGGUAUGCAAUAACUAGACCCGUCAAGUAUAAAGCUACAUUCAAGCGGCGGAGAGUCAUUAUGUACAUUACAAGCGUCUCCAUGGUUUGUUGUGCACUGAACUGGCAAGCGUUGAUAGAGAAGAAACUUGUCAUGGAAGACGGAACUCCCUCCUGUGUUUGGAUCACGCUGAUUGGAAACAAGUUCUUCUCUCAGAUUUUCACUGUGGUUCACGUAACAUUUACCUUUUUCAUUCCCUUGUUUGUUUCCAUGAUUACCUUUUUCCACUUGCAUCGAGUGAUGCGGAGGUCACGUGAUCGUCUGGCCAGGAGUAACGACACGAAAUCUUUUAAAAGCCUUUUGCAUAUGUGCGCUAUAACAGGUUUGGUCCUGGCACUGUGCUGGAUUCCAAACCAGUUUGUUUAUGUGCUGUCAAAGUUCAACAUCACGCAACUGGAUACACCUCUCCAUCACGUCACAGUUGUUUUGGCCAUGUUCAAUUCUUGUGUAAAUCCUUGGAUCUACGGAGCUACCAACCGUAAUUACAGGAAAAAAUUCACAAGAAUUCUCUGUUUCUUGAAGAAAAUGGAAGUUACAACAGAAAAGACAGACAUUAGAGGAAAGGAAAGAGGGACCAGACGAAGUCACGACGGAAGAUUUAGUAAGACGGAGCAUCAGCCGGAAGGGUCAAGGGUUGUGGACUACUCGGCAUUUGUACGCGAAGGCUCCCAGGCAAAACUAGAGAAUUACCAACAAGAAGGAAACGGAAAUAUUUCAAUGACCGGAAUAGCCCAUGAUGAUGACGAAUCCCAAAUUUACGACGAGACCGAGAAUGAAUCCGUGGAACAAAGCAAACUGUAACUUCAAGGAAGGAUUGCUUAAGAAUUGCUUAUAUAAUAUUAUAAUAUAGAUAGGACCCC